AUGAAAAAACAAACAUCUUUCCUCCCAGGACUCAGUAUUCGAAUUCCAUCCUCAUCUAAACUUCUUCUUCUUGAUACAUUACUCUCCAUAAUAGUAUUUGUGAGCAUUUUGUCAUCGUCUUCAGUAGCCACGCCCCGAUUUCGAAAUCAUCAACCGCACCAACACAAACGAUCCGUCAUCGGAAUUGAUACAAAUACCUAUCUUACGAACGAUUAUACCAUGACCACUACCCAACAAUCAUCAUCCUCUUCUGUACCAUCACAACCACAAGGAGAACGAAUUCGUGCCAUGUUUAUUGGUCAUGGUUCUCCAACGUUAUGUAUUGAGCCUCAUCAUGCCAUGAAUCAAUUACUCUCCAACAAAGUGGCUUCCCAAUUUAAAAACAAACCACCCAAAGCUGUAGUGGUGUUUACAGCACACUGGGAAGCUCAUCCACAUGUGUCUAUCACUUUCCAUGAUUCCUCCUCGACGUAUGAAACCAUUCAUGAUUUUUAUGGAUUUCCUAGAGAAAUGUACGAGAUUGAAUAUCCUGCUAAGGGUGCUCCACAAGUGGCUGCUCGUAUUGAGCAAUUGCUUCAACAGCAGUCCAUUCCCACACGUCGAGAACUGAAAAGAGGACUGGAUCACGGCACUUGGGUCCUUCUGAAAGCGUUAUUCCCACAAGCAAACAUUCCUGUGGUUCAAUGUUCCAUUGAUGAGAGAAGUUCUGUCGAGCAUCAUUACAAGAUUGGAAAAGCCUUGGCUCCGUUAGCCUAUGAAGAGGUGUUGGUGAUUGGAUCUGGAGCUACUGUGCACAAUCUAGGACGAUUAAGCUGGGGAAAGAACACACCAGAACAAUGGGCAAUGGACUUUGAUCAAUUCUUGAUAGACAAUAUUGCCAAGUGGAAUACAGAGUCAUUGUUUAAAUAUGAUAAAUUGGCACCAUAUGCCAAGCAAGCCGUACCACGAAGUGAACAUUUUGUACCCUUAUUUGUGGCAAUGGGAAUGGCAGAUGAAACCAAGAAAGGAGAUGUUCUGGAGAGGUUCUAUGACUUUGGAAGUUUGAGCUAUUUGAGUUUUGAAUUCUAG